AUCACUAAAAAUUAUUAUUUGGUCAGUUCAUUAAUCUGUAUAAUUUAUCCGUCAAUUGCUUUUCUUUCUUUAAAUACCCAUAAACACAAAAAAAUCACUUAAUAUUAAAGAAGUUAAUGUUCUUUUUUAGCUUAAUAUAUUAUACGUAGGUGAAUGCUUAAAAAAGUGCUUUUUGCAAAAAAUAUCUGUUCAGUGUUUGAAAAAAUAUUUGCUUCUUUAUAAUAGAUUUAAUUUAAUAUUUGUGCAUUGCUGUUUAGUCCUUUGAAAUGUUAUUGUAGUCACACGUUUCUCGUUAUGUCUAAUUCAUCGAGUAAUAAAAAUAAAAAGUCGAAUUCGUCUCGAGAGCGUGAUAGAAACAAGUCUGUUGCUUCCGAGUCUGGAGGGUCCAGCCAGUGUGACACACCGCCACUCAAUGAUAAGGAUGCAGGCCCAUCUCAAGGCCGAUUUGCAGGGGUUGGUGCAGACUCUAUAUUGUGUAUGGCAGAACAAGUGGGGGCUGAACUCAAUGCAGAGGCUGCCACAAACCUCGCUGAAGAUGUUAGCUACAAACUGCGCCAGACCAUUAGUACAAUUGCUUUACACAGUGAAAUGAUGAAGAAGUUGCGCAUCGAUUCCUGGGAUGUGAAUACAGCUCUUAUGUUAUCAGACACAAGUCCAGUUAUUGGCACAGGCACCUCACAGUAUGCAACAUUUGGGGAGGAGAAAUUGUGUUGUCAAGUUGAUAGUUUACUGAAUGUUACAGAGUACGGUUUAUCCAUCCAGACGUAUGCAUUCGCAACAUUGCCCACAGUGUCAGUAGAGUGGAUAACAGAUGACAAAAGUUUAAACAGCACUAAUAACAUAAGCGUCAACUUACAAAACUACUACACAAAAGUUGCCAGAGCAAUAUUGAACCUUAAGAAGAAGCCAAAAGAGGUGGCGGUAGAAGAUCUGACGACAAACACUCGCAUAGGGCCUAUAUUUCCGAACCUGUUCAAUUUGGCCGUGCUAGUAUUGAAUGAUGAUAACCUGAACGCGCUACACGUGCCAGCCAAGAAGCCUUUACAGUCGAACGUUUUGGACAUGGUUGACGCUCUCUGCUCAAAUCCUUGUAGUUUAAAUACGAAUAUACAACAACAGUUCCAACGGCUUUUUCCAGUUAUGGUAUCAAAUAUAUUAGGCAAUGGUUCAUUGGCUGAAAAAAUGGUCGCAAUAUUGACAAAAAUCACACGGACAUGGCCAUCGUUUAUAGCUAUUGGCAAAGGAAUCCUCUUCGACUACUUAUCGCAAGGGACCAAGGAACGACUGACCGCGCCAAUGAUUAAGUGCGUUAUGGCGUUAGGCCGACGGUCGCUUAUUGAAUGUCUCGGUGAUCAUCUGGAGUAUAUAGAUGAUUGUAUUCACGCACCUAGAAGGAAUCGCGCGCAGCCCGACCUAAGGGAGAGUAUACUUGACGCUUCCACCUGUCUACUUAGAUCUGAACCGACCACCUAUUUAGAAGAUUACGUUGUGACUGACUAUACUCUGUAUGAGAUUUUAGGCGAUUCUAUAAUGCCGCGGCGUACCUUGUUCCCGGUUACAGAAAAAGAUACAAAUAACGAGGCGAAUGCAGAGAGAACAUCGGAAGAAGAGCACUAUAUGCCACUGAGGCCUUCGAUGCGACGGCCGAAAUUGAGACUGAUCCCUGUUAAUAUACAUAACAGUAUACAUAAGAACAGUAUCCACCGCAACACUGUGUUCGAAGAGACGAAAUUCUCUAGUGAUAAGUGUAUUAGAAUAAAAAUCAAGAAUUGUAGAUCUUUAGAAUUACCUAAACGUGUCGAUCGGUCGUACUCGGAAAGGACUCAAUUGAAUAGUGUAUUUGCAUCGAGUCGGAUAACCGGCGCAGUGGCGGCUACUGGCUUAUUAAACAGAUUUAGGUAUAAAUUAAGAAAAAAUAAUGCAUUUCCAAUAUUUGGAUCGUUGAUGUUGUAAUUUAUAUUAUAGUUUUAAAUGAAAUAUAAAUUAUUUUUUGCUAA